AUGCUUGGGCCCGGGCCCCCAAACGCAGCGCCGCAGACGAAUGACGAGCCGUCGUCGCGAUGUCGCUCUGCACAUCUGCGAAAAUGGGGAAACCUGGGCCGUCGGAAGAUCUGUAGCAAGCUCGUCUGGGCCAGGGGCUCAUCGACCGUGUUUGGGCCCGUUUGCCGUUCUCCGAUGUUUUGGGGAGCAUGGUCUCAUCCGAAACAUUGGCCCGACAGGGACGGCCUCGUCUGUGACUUCAACCCCCCAGCCAUCAGCCUCAACGACCUCACUGGCUGA